CUGCCCUCAACAAACAUGGCGGACGCAUUCGGAGACGGGUUGUUCAGCGUGUUUGACGACGAGCAACAAACCUCUUCUAGUAAAAAACUACCGACCAGUGCAGUUGCAGAAACGAGCAAAUCUGUUGCCAAAAAUGGCACCGAUAAGGAGGCUGGUCCAUCUGGCCGAGCUAAAAGAGAAGCCGAUAGUGAUGGUGGGGAGGAGAUCGUGUCGGGGAAGAAGGCUCGACAUGACAUUGCUACUACCAAUGAUUUGAAUUUGGCAGAAUUCAUGCCACAAGUUAAAGUGGUUCCAGUUGAAACAGUGGAAGGAUGUUCCCAUGAGGUGGCGCUGCCUGCUGGUGAUGAAUACAAACCACUGAAAGCACGAGUGGGGAAAGCUGCUAAGGAAUAUCCAUUUAUUCUUGAUCCCUUCCAGAGAGAGGCAAUUCUGUGUAUUGACAACAAUCAGUCUGUGCUUGUGUCUGCGCACACAUCUGCCGGCAAGACUGUGUGUGCUGAAUAUGCAAUAGCUUUGGCCCUCAGAGAGAAGCAGAGGGUGAUCUUCACCAGCCCCAUCAAAGCUCUGUCCAACCAGAAGUACAGGGAAAUGUAUGAAGAGUUCCAGGAUGUGGGGCUGAUGACUGGAGAUGUCACCAUAAACCCCACCGCCUCCUGUCUUGUCAUGACCACAGAGAUUCUGAGGAGCAUGUUGUACCGAGGUUCUGAGAUCAUGAGAGAAGUGGCCUGGGUCAUUUUUGAUGAGAUUCAUUACAUGAGAGAUGCAGAACGUGGCGUUGUGUGGGAGGAGACGAUCAUACUGCUUCCUGAUAAUGUGCAUUAUGUGUUCCUGUCGGCCACCAUUCCUAACGCCAAACAGUUUGCAGAGUGGAUUUGUCAUUUACAUAAGCAGCCGUGUCACGUGGUCUACACAGACUAUCGUCCCACUCCGCUGCAGCACUACAUCUUCCCAGCAGGAGGCGAUGGACUCCAUCUAGUCGUUGAUGAGAACGGUGACUUCAGGGAGGAUAAUUUCAACACAGCCAUGCAGGUCCUGAGAGAUGCUGGUGACUCUGGGGCCAGCAGUGGUGGCAAAUGGAACCCAAAGGGAAGAAAACAGGGGGGGACAAAAGGCCCGUCCAGUGUUUUCAAGAUAGUCAAGAUGAUCAUGGAGAGAAACUUCCAGCCAGUCAUUAUCUUCAGCUUCAGCAAGAAGGAGUGCGAGGCCUAUGCUCUCCAGGUGUCCAAACUGGACUUCAAUACCGAUGAUGAAAAGCGUCUGGUGGAAGAAGUAUUCAACAACGCUGUCGACUGUCUGUCUGAUGAUGACAAAAAACUUCCCCAGGUGGAGCACGUGCUCCCCUUAUUGAAGAGAGGAAUAGGAAUCCAUCAUGGAGGUCUGCUGCCCAUCCUGAAAGAAACCAUAGAAAUCCUUUUCUCUGAAGGCCUGCUAAAGGCUCUGUUCGCUACUGAGACAUUUGCCAUGGGCAUCAACAUGCCGGCCCGCACUGUUCUCUUCACCAGCGCUCGCAAGUUUGACGGCAAAAAUCACCGCUUUAUCACUUCCGGUGAAUACAUCCAAAUGUCUGGACGUGCAGGAAGGAGAGGGAUGGAUGAAAGAGGAAUUGUUAUCUUCAUGGUGGAUGAAAAAAUGAGUCCAGCUGUGGGAAAACAGCUUCUGAAGGGCUCUGCUGAUCCUCUGAACAGUGCCUUCCAUCUGACCUACAACAUGGUGUUGAACCUUUUGCGAGUGGAGGACAUCAACCCCGAGUACAUGCUGGAGAAGUCUUUCUUCCAGUUCCAGCACUACAGGGCUCUACCUGGCGUGGUGGAGAAAAUUGAGAAGCUGGAGCAGCAGUACAACGCCAUUGUAAUUCCCAAUGAAGAAAGCGUCGUCACGUACUUUAAAAUCAGACAGCAGCUGGCCAAGUUGGGUAAAGAGAUACAAGAGUUCAUCCACAAACCCAAAUACUGUCUGCCCUUCUUGCAGCCUGGGCGUCUGGUGAAGGUGAAAAACGAAGAUCUGGACUUUGGCUGGGGUGUUGUUAUAAACUUCAGCAAGAAGUCCAAUGUCAAGGCCACCACUGACUUGGAGCCGCUGUACGUGGUGGAGGUUUUGCUACACUGCAGCAAAGAGAGCAUCAAAGACUCGGCGACAGAAGCAGCACGGCCGGCGGCUCCAGGCCAGACCGGAGAGAUGCAGGUGGUUCCAGUGAUGCUCAGUCUCCUGACCUCCAUCAGCUCUGUUCGACUUUACAUCCCAAAAGACUUGAGGCCCUUCGACAACAGGCAGCUCAUGCUCAAGUCCAUACAGGAAGUACUGAAGCGGUUUCCUGACGGCGUUCCGCUCCUCGACCCUAUCGACGACAUGGGCAUCAAAGACCCGGCGCUGAAGAAAGUCAUUCAGAAAGUAGAAGCCUUUGAGCACCGCAUGUACUCGCACCCAUUACACAGUGACCCCAACCUUGAGUCGGGCUACUCUCUCUGCGAGAAGAAAUCACUGAUUGCCUCAGACCUGCGGGCAGCCAGGCGAGAGCUGAAGAAGGCUCGCACCGUGCUGCAGAUGGACAAGCUGAAGUGCAGGAAGAGAGUCCUGCGCCGCCUCGGCUUCGCCAGCCCCUCAGAUGUCAUCGAGAUCAAGGGGCGAGUCGCCUGUGAAAUCAGCAGCGCCGACGAGCUGCUGCUGACAGAGAUGAUCUUCAACGGCCUCUUCAACGACCUGACGGUGGAACAGGCCACGGCUCUUCUCUCCUGCUUCGUCUUCCAGGAGAACGCCAGCGAGAUGCCCAAACUGACCGAACAGCUGGCUGCACCUCUGAGGCAGAUGCAGGAAUGUGCCAAGAGGAUAGCCAAGGUGUCGGCCGACGCCAAGCUGGACGUGGACGAGGAGACGUACCUGGGUCAGUUCAAGCCUCAGCUCAUGGACGUGGUCUUCGCCUGGUCCAACGGCGCCACCUUCGCCCAGAUCUGCAAGAUGACAGAUGUUUUUGAAGGCAGCAUCAUCCGCUGCAUGCGGCGUCUGGAGGAAGUGCUGCGGCAGAUGUGCUCGGCAGCCAAAGCCAUCGGCAACACUGAGCUGGAGAACAAGUUCGCUGAAGGAAUCACAAAGAUCAAGAGGGACAUCGUCUUUGCUGCCAGUCUUUACCUCUAACUGGUCCAGUGGAAACACCAGAGCUGCGCAGUAGAGCUGAUCAUGUGUUCAGUGAAAUGGCUUUAUUUUCCUUGUUUUACACAUUUUGUACAUAAUUCUUUUGCAAUAAACAGCUGUGUGGUUCACUGGACAUACGGAUGACACAGAAGGUUUGUGGUCUCUUGUUUUGAUCAGUGGUAGCAGUUCAGCCAAGGCAACACGGACUCGGAUUAAACAUGUUCAAGUGAUCCAGGAUCGGAUCGUAGAAGCGAGUGGUCAACUGAUCCUGA